ACAGAUUAUUUUAUAGUAUAACAAAACCUUCGCUUUUUCUUCAAUGGAAUAUAUCACCAAUUUAUUUAACCCUGGAGGAAAAGAAUUUUACGCAGACUGGCUUUAUGGAGGAGUGAAUUUCAGUAUUGGUGGGAACGGAGGGGCUGAAUGCGCAAAGUACCUUUCAGUAUGGACGAGAAGUACAGAGACUAUAUUCAUUAUUUUGCUUUCGAUAUUUGAGGUCAUUUGGGCGUUCCAAAAAUUGACUUUUGAAGGUCAUACCCAAGGUGAUGAUGAUGAAAAUUCUGAGGAAUCAUCAAGAAGUGCGUUUCAUCUGUCAUCUGAUCGUGCUCCUGUUGCCUUGGACUGCGUUGUACAUUCAGUGAAAAAAGUGGAGAGCUCUAAAGACAAGGAUCCUUGGCCAUGGAUGAAACGUGCACUUCUUGUUCUGCUCUGCACAGUGUUCGGGAUCGAAAUUGGAUAUAAAUUUGCGACUAAAUCAAUCAUAUAUCUUCUGAACCCAUGUCAUAUGCUCACUUUCACUCAGAUUUACCUAUUGGCUUCAGACCAUCAGAAGAAAUGCAAAACAUUGAACACUGUAUUUAGAGUCCACCUCUACCUCCUAAAUGGGGCUUUACUAGCAAUGAUAUUCUACGUGGUGAACACUAGAUUUCUUCCGUUUGAGCAAGCAAUAUACUGGAUACAGCACGUCCUCUUGUAUCUUAUUCCUGUAUAUUUAAUCUCACUUGGAGGCUCGUACACUCCAGAUACCUUUUCUGACCUCCGGUGGUCAAUUUUUAGCAUCGGCUGCGGAUUUAUAUACCAUUUUACACUACUUCAAGGUCUUGCCAUGAUUACCCAGACCAACCUUAACAACAUGUUAUGUCCGGCCGUGUCCGAUCCAUUCGAAGGCCAACACUACAGAAAAUGGGCGACGGCACACCAACACGCCAUGAUAAUUCUACACGGAAAAGUUUACGUUUUUCUGGCACGCGCGUUAUCAAGGAUUUUAGCGGCCGUACAAUCAUUUUGCGUUGCUGUGACGUUAAAAAUGUGGAGGUGGACCAUUCAUUUAUGUCUUGCGAGCGCAAGGGCUUAUGUCAGAGUGUGCACGCGAAAACCAGGCGACGCAAAAACAGAUGGCUUGCAAGAAAAUGUAUGCGCGGUACAAAAAAGCAAGGUGGCUUGAGAUGCUAUUCAAGACUUUUUUAAAGCCUGGUGAUCAUUGUGCAUUUAUUCAAACCUUUAUUUUUGAAACUUUCGGUCUCCCGUAUUCAAACUAUUUACAGCACUCUGUGGUUGCUAUAUUCCAUGAACCAGUGGUUCUGAAACUUUUUAAGCCGCGCCCCCUUUUUAGAAUUAGAAUUUAAAGGCCAACACUACAGAAAAUUCUAUUUGGAUUGAACCUAAAUAAUGAAAUAAAUGGAAAGUUUUGAAAUGUAAAUAUCCAAAAUAAGGCGGGCAAGAUCAAAUGUAACAAAUAUUUUUAUUUUUAAUUAGCGCCCCCUCAAAAAUUGUUUACGUCCCUUUUGUGUCCCUUUUCCAACAUUCAAAAACCACUGCAAUAGACCAUUCAAGGGAAAAGAAAAUUUCCAGUAUUGUCAUUUCGUCAAAUUCGUCAGAAUUGUCUUUGCAAGCGAGCAUAUCAUAACUUAAAUUUGAAAUUCUGCCGCUGAUGACCCAAGACCCAUGAAGAUGACUUCUUUUAAUCAAUUCCUGUUUUAAAUCAUUAUUCAGUUCACCUCAGGGGUUGUCAAACUUUGUGUGUAAAAAAUUCGCUGUAGGAAAUUUCACCGCAUAGGAAAAUCGCAAGAGCAUUUCGCUUUAAAACAAGUAUUUGUGAUAAAAACCACUAGGGUUUAAAGAGUUAGGGUAUGCUCUUGAAUAACGAAUUUUUUUUAAAUAAGGCGGCAUGUCAAACUUCAUGUCUAGAAAAUUCGCUGUAGGAAAUCUCACCGCAUAGGAAAAAUCGCAACAGCAUUUCGCUUCAAAACAAGUAUUUGUGAUAAAAACAGUAAGGUUUAUAGGGUUAGUGUAUGCUCUUGAAUAACGAAUCGUUUUUAAAUAAGGCGAUUUUUCCCAUACAACGAAAUUUCCUGCGGCGAAUUAUCCUAGAACUGGUCAGACAAAACAUUACGGCAAUUUUUCCCAUACGACGAAAUUUCCUGUGGCAACGUUAAGGCGAUUUUUCUCAUACGGCGAAAUUUCCUGUGGCGAGAUUUCUUACGACGAAAUUUCCUGCGGCGAAUUAUCCUAGAACCGUCAAAUUUUCAUGUGUGGCCCUUUUUCACGAUUGAACCCCCUCGAAUACAAAAGUUUUGACCGGUAAUUCUAUGUACCACGUUUUAACAUAACAAAAAAUCUUAACGAUCAAAAGGAUAAUUGCAUUCAUUACAGUCAAAUGAAUUUAGAUAAUCACAGCCAGUUUACUUUAAAUUAAUCUAGUCAUUGUGUAUGGCACCUGGCGAGGGCCCUUGCUCUUAGUUGUGGCCCACUAGGAGAACCGCCCUGUGAACCCCUAGGGGGCAGGAAGCCAAGCUCAAAAAACUUGGUUCGAGUUGGGACCAGGGAGGAGGGGGUGUUGAGCUUGGAACCCCCCUUCUUGUGAUUGGAAAAAAAAGGGUGUGUUUCUGUAUCAUACAUAGCAAUUUUUUGGGGCUCCCGAAGUAUGCGAACCAAGAUGGCGGACAUCGGAAUGUAAUAUGUGUAUAGGUUAGGGUUAGGCCAUA